GGACACGGCGGGGCAGGAGCGUUACCGGACCAUCACCACGGCCUACUACCGCGGCGCCAUGGGCUUCAUCCUCAUGUAUGACAUCACCAACGAGGAGUCCUUCAACGCCGUCCAGGACUGGGCGACCCAGAUUAAGACGUACUCGUGGGACAACGCCCAGGUGAUCAUGGUGGGCAACAAGUGCGACAUGGACGAGGAGCGGGUCGUCCCCCCGGAGAAAGGAAGACACCUCGCCGACCAGUUAGGCUUCGAGUACUACGAGGCGAGCGCCAAGGAGAACAUCAACGUGCGGCAGGUGUUCGAGCGCCUGGUGGACAUCAUCUGUGUGAAGAUGUCGGAGCGCGUGGACGUGGAGGUGCCGCCGGCCCCCGGCACCAAGACCACCAGACUGACCGACAAGCCCGCCCAGCUACCGCAGAAGUGCUGCUGAUCGUCCGAUCGUGGCUCUGUUCUCCCCCCCCCCCCCCCCCCCCCCCCCCAAAAAAGAAAGCUCUUCAGAAAAAGACAAAAAAAA